AUGUUGGCAGGUAUCGAAUCUGUUCUGUUCCCGCAAGGCCAAAAGCUGGAGGAGGAAUGGGCAAAAGGUCAGACGACGGAAGUGGUAGCUGCUGUUCUGUACCAUGUCACGAUGAGAUUUCAGGCCAUAACGGCCGGGGUACCCAUCGACAGUGACAGCUACGCGCCAAUUCGAAAGGAGAUCCUGAGCAUCCUCGGCAAAGCUCGCAAAGAAGUCGUCUUUGUUGGGGCUGAAGACGCUGGCGCAUGGGACGGAUGGACAACUGUCAAAGCCAAAGACUUUGACGCCAUGGUUGAAGCGGCCAAGGAAAACGAAUGGUUGGAAAGCGAUUGGUAUCGGGGGAUCAAUGACGUGGUCCAGAACAUCGGCGACGGCGAUGUCAAUAUGGACGAAGGUGAUGAAGGGACUCAGGAAGGUGUUGGAAGACGUGCGGACACAAUGUUCCAAGAUCGAUAUGAUUUUCUGAGCGCGGGCCGAAGAGCUGAAUACAAAACGUGGAAGGAGGCACAGCUGGCCAGGAUAGAAAAGUUGUUAGCGGCACAAGGCGCGAUGGAGAUUGACACACAGUAA